AAAACGAAGAACGGAGGAACGGUCGGGGAUGGUUUUGAGGAGAUGAACGUAGCGCCAAACGUAUGAAGCCUCCAACGUAUCCACACGAACUUGCUCCGGAGUCCAAGAUUAAACUUGUGCUAGCAAAACGAUCUUCUCACUUCUUUUUCACCAACCACCCGUAAUAAUUAUUAUGGAUAACCCCAGUGGUUAUUACGGUCCGCCUUUUUUCUACCAAUCCCCUAACCGCCCUCCGUUUCAAACCCAUCCACCUUACCACCCACAUCAGAACCCAAAUGAUGAUGACUACCAAGUCAACAAUGGGUCUGACUACUAUCCUUACCAUGAGGAACCACCAUAUGAUAUCCCGUCUAGAAACUUUGGAUAUUCUCCAUACCAAGAUUCUGAUGGAGAUCAUUAUUAUGAACCUCAUGGUGACCAAGAUGACUAUGACCAAUUUGGGCCUAUGUGCGACGAUCAAUCUGAUCCACUCGUCGAAGAGAUCAUAAGAUUAGAACAGAAAAUCUUCUAUUUCGACGAAGUUUUAUUCGCUGAAGGCUCCUGGUACGAACCACCUUACUCCCGUGACUACACUCUGUUUGCUGAAGAACAAAUCGAAGCAAACAAGGUGGCAAUUCGAGAAAGAGCAAAACUUCUUGAAUCAGUCCGGAAGGAAAAGAAGUUCGAAAGGAGAUUAUGCGAAGGAUCAGAGAUGAUGCAGAAAAUGUUGGAUGACUUCCAAAGAGAGAGACUAGAAGCCGAGGCUAAAGCUGAUAAAUUAGUCAAUGAUUAAAUACUAUUUACGUGCAAUAACGUUUAGAAUAUGAU